AUGAGGACUUUCCCCAAAAACAGAAGCUGCGAUGUUUACAGCGUAUCUGGUUUAGGACACUGUGGAACCGCAGACUCACCUGUACAGGACAUUAAAGUAAAGGAGCCGUUCCAAACUCCGAGCACCUCUAACAGAGAGACUCGGGCUGGGUCAGACGUUGACAUCAAGCAGUCGGGGGACAGGAAAGCCAGCUUCAGGACAUGGCGAAAGUGGGUGCUGGGUGCCACCCCUCUCAUCCCUCUGUCCACUGCCGUUGCACUGACUCUCCACUUCUUUGCAUCGUCUCCGUCUUCCACAGUGUUCUUCCUGGGAGGAAGUGUGGAGUUUUCCAACCUCAGCUUCACACCGGAGCUGGCCGAUCCUUCCUCCACACAGUUCCACCUUCAGUCUCAGGCUCUCAGCCCCUAUUUCUCAGAGUUAUACGAGUCAUCACCCUGGAGGCCAUACUACCGCCGCUCAGGGAUUGUCGCCUUUAGUGAAGGAGUGAAUGGGCUCAAUGUUUUCUUCUGGAGCAAGUUCUCUGCUCCAUCAGCGGCCAUUGCAGAGGAGCUGCAGAGAUCUAAACCUGCAUGGUUGCAGCGGCAUCUUCCUGGCACCAGUAAGGUUCUUCACAGCAGACUGGAGGAGCAGUAUUACCUGGCUAAGGAUGAAGACACACUAAGGCUCCUGGAUUUGAAUUUAGACAGUGAAGAUGAUUAUGACGAUGAUGACAUGGCGGAAAAGAUAAAGAAUCCCAACCAUCUGCAGAGUGGCAAGUGGCAGCUUGGACUUCAGGCCAUGUCUUUUGACCUCUACGCCAAAUAUGGUAACAAUCGAACACUGAGUUUGGUGAGCCCGAAGAAGCCGUACUACCAGUGGAGGCUGAGAGUUCCCUUGGGUCACAUUGUACGGUUAGACGUAGUCACCCUUCAGGGGGCGACACCUGGUAGCUGUUCAGCCAACAAACUCUCUGCAUAUGACUUCCUGCUCCCUCUUCAGAACAAAAUCAUUGCCAGGUGGUGUGGAUUGCCAGUGACUGGAUCAUCCCCGGUGAUGAAGCUGACAUCCUCUGGAAAUGUCAUGCUCAUCACUUUUUCAUUUAGUCGACAGAGACAUGGCGCCAUCUUCAAGGCUUACUUUCAGGCCAUACCAAAAGCCGAAUGCGGAGGCUUUCUGUCAAGUUGGAAUGGCACCGUGGUAUCCCCUUACUAUCCUGCAUACUACCCGCCAAACAUCGACUGUAACUGGAAGAUCAGGGCUCCGCUGCCUGGCUACCUGCUAUCCAUAACUAUUGUGAUGCUGGAUAUCCAGGACUCGGCCACCUCGAGCAGCUGUGAGAAAGACUGGCUGGAAAUUGGUGGCGUCAAGCUGUGUAAUCCAAUUGGGGACAGCAGCAGGAAGAGGAUCUACUCCUCCCCUGUGUUACUGCACUUUCACUCCGACGAGUCUCUGACUCACAAGGGCUUUUACCUGGUGUACAGAGCCUUCUCCCCAGAGAGCACGUGUCCGAGGCAGUUCCGCUGCGGAGACGGACGCUGUAUUCCUCUGAGGAAAGUGUGUGAUGGAGAGAAGGACUGUGCGGACGGUCGGGACGAGGCCAAGUGUUCCAUGUGCAAACCAGGAGAGGUGUAUUGUGGGAGUGGGCAGUGCAGGCCACAUGGGAGCCAGUGUAACCUGCAGGUUUGUGGGGACAGCAGCGAGGAAACAAACUGUGCAGGUAAAUGUUACCACAUGUGUUCGAACAAUGUCUGUGUGUCCAAGUCGUCUGUGUGUGAUGGAGUCAUAGACUGCAAAGAUCGCAGUGAUGAGCUCAACUGCUCAAGAACAUAUAAAGGUUGCUCACCGACAUCCUAUAAAUGUGCGAAUGGCAAGUGUAUUGCGAAGGUAAACCCAGAGUGUGACGGCAUCAGAGACUGCAAGGACGGAUCUGAUGAGAUGCGCUGUGGGUGUGGCACUCGACCAAGGAGACGGGCAAAAAUCGUGGGAGGGACAGAUGCCCAGACGGGUUCAUGGCCCUGGCAGGUGAGCCUGCAGAUAGAGCGCUAUGGCCAUGUGUGUGGAGCAUCAUUGGUGGGCAGCCGCUGGCUCCUCUCCGCUGCUCACUGCUUCCAGGAUUCAGACGCCAUCAAGUACUCAGAUGCUCGUGCCUGGAGGGCCUACAUGGGCAUGCGGGUCAUGAACUCGGCCAGUAAUGCUGCUGCCACACGGCAGAUCCGCAGGAUCGUCCAGCACACCCAAUAUGAUCAGUUCACUUCCGACUACGACAUUGCCCUCUUGGAGCUCAGUGCCCCUGUCUUCUUUAACGAUUUGGUACAGCCUGUGUGUGUUCCAGCCCCGUCGCAUGCCUUUACCUCCGGCACCAACUGCUUCGUAACUGGCUGGGGAGUCCUCACUGAGGAAGGUGAGCUGGCUACCCUGCUGCAAGAGGCCACAGUAAGCAUCAUCAACCACAAAAUGUGCAACAAGAUGUACGACGAUGCUGUCACUCCCAGAAUGAUAUGUGCAGGGAGCAUACAGGGAGGAGUCGAUGCAUGUCAAGGAGACUCUGGAGGGCCUCUGGUGUGCCGAGAGAGGGGGCGGAAGUGGUUUCUGGCUGGCAUUGUGAGCUGGGGAGAGGGAUGCGCACGGCAAAACCGGCCUGGGGUUUACACACAGGUCAUCAAGUUCACAGACUGGAUCCACCUCCAGACUAGAGGCCAGGUGUGA